GCCACAAUGCCGUGGAAAAACUCAAAAGGCGGGCGUAUCGGCUGUACAAGCCUGGAUGCACGCACGCGCACUAAUAUCACUGUGGGGGUUUAAGAACAACACUGACGCCAUGCAGUAAAGUGAGCAUUCAUUUGUCUUUGUCAUUCAAAUCUUCUCGAGUCAUGAACUUUGAUGGGCAUGGGGAUAUAAAGGGUCGAUGGCAGGAAUAGAACUCUUCUUUCAGUACGAUCAGCUUGAAGUACACAAACAUGACUGACAACAGAUCCUCCUCUUCCAUUGAGAUCCGUCUUGAAGAUGGUGAUCAGGCUAUUCAAUUGACCACAUUGAAAGGAAGUGUAGAAACAGCCAUUCAGGACAAGAAUGCAAAUACAACAGAGGAGAGAAGCGAUGAUGAAAGUAGACCGGCAUCGAUAAACGAAGGUCCGUCCAUUCAAACACCAGCCCUUUCGAGUCGUGUGCCAUCAUUGCACGGCUCUGAAUCAAUCUUGAACGCAUAUGCUGAACCUACAAGUUCUGGCACACCAAGCUUUGUAACCCAGCUUCCACCCGUUGACAAAGGCAGACAAGCAUGGACGUUCUUAGCAGUUGCAACGUUGCUAGAAUGUUUGAUUUGGGGUAUGGGUAACUCGUAUGGUGCUUUUCAAGAUUAUCACUUGUACAACAAGCAAUCACCACUUUAUGGUUCUUCUUCUGCUGCAACUGCCGCUGCUGGUACUUUGAUCACUGCAGGUCAAUAUUUCGCCCCAUUUUUGUUCUUGGGCAUUCUCAACGCAUUUCCACAUCGUAUCAAACUGUUUCAAGCUAUAACUCUCUCAGCUUCUGCGAUCGGAUUAGUGGGAGCAAGUUUUCAUCCGAAUGUAGCAAGUGUUACACUUUUACAAGGUUUCUUGUCUGGUUGGUCAGGAGGUGCAUUUUAUACACCUGCAAUGCUUUGGCUACCGCAAUGGUUUGAUCAAAAAAGAGGUUUUGCAACCGGAAUGAUUUUUGUCGGUUCAGGUAUUGGAGGUGUGGUUUGGCCUUUUGCUUUGAAUUAUUUGUUGGAAGGUGUUGGAUUUGAAUGGACAUUACGUGCUUUGGCUAUUUUGCAAUUGAUCUUGGGUGCAACGAUUGCGUUCUUUUUGCGACCUAGGCUGCCUGUCCAGCGACCGACAACACAAAAUGACCCUUCUUCCACCGCGGGAAGUCGUCACGAUGCAAGUCGUAGAAGGCGAAACAUUCUUCGAUCCGUCUUACCAUCCCACAACAAGAUCCUCCAUUCACCUUUGGGAAUCGCAAGUUUGGCAGCGCAAUUCAUGCAAAAUGCUGCAUUGAUGUCAGUUUCCUAUUAUAUUGCACCUUAUGCAUCUUCUUUAGGAUUACGUGGUACGAUUCCAACUGCUCUUUUGGCAACUUUUAAUGCUGCUGCUGCCAUUUCGUAUUGCAUCAUUGGUAUCUUGUGUGAUACAUUACCGCAUAUCGUUUUGGUUUUGCUCUUAUCGGCUACGGGGUCUUUGUUAGUUGGUUUGUUACUAGGAUUUGCAAAGACGUUGGGACCUUUGAUUGCAUUUGCGAUCUUAUUUGGCUUAUUCAACGGUGGUUUCUCAACAACAAUGUCGCCUAUGGCACGCGAGAUGGCAAAAGCCGGAGAAACGGAACAUUCUGCCGUAUUUCUCGAGUUAAUGUCCUGGCGAGGAUUGGGAGGUGUGGCCGGUCCCCUGAUCAGUUCAGUAUUAUACAAAAGUCACAUUUCCGCCGCACAAUCCCAAAACGAUUCUGGUCAAAUUUGGGGUGAUAAUGCAGCUUAUGGAAGUCAUGGUUUGGGACCUGUGAUUUUGUUUUCUACGGCUCUUUCUGCUGUGGUUGCAUUCACUGCUCUUGGAAUGAUCCCUUUGCGGAAAGCAGUACUUAAACCUAGGCAGCCAAUGCCUUCUUCUUAAAAUUUUCUGUCUUGCUUGUAUAUUACCAAUCGUAUGGAAAUUUAUUCUCAAUGCGUCAUUGUGUCUGUAUAAUGAAAGGUACCUUAUUAUAAUG